GGGGUUUCCUUGUCUUUGACUGGAGACCAACUCGCAGACGGGCGGACGAUAACAGCAUCCAUUGCUGUUAUUCAGCCUUCACGCAUCUCAAUGAACGGCUCCCAGAGAAACCACUGAUCGUGCCUCCUGCUUUUUGCAGGGCAGAGAUACUGAUCAGUGUCUAAAAACGGCAUCAUUUUUUUGUUAAAUUCAUAGAUUCUUUUCUUUUUUUUUUCUUUUCUUUUUUUUGAACAUUUUAAGCUCUCUGUAGCCUGUCUCUUUCCACCAUGGUGCUAGGAAAGGUGAAGAGCUUCACAGUAAGCUACGACUGUCUCAAUGACAGCAAUGUCCCCGUCUUCUCCAGCGGGGACUGUGUCUCAGGGAGGGUGGUCAUCGAGGUGACGGGAGAAAUCCGAGUCAAAUCUCUCAAAAUCCACGCGAAAGGAUUUGCGAAAGUUCGUUGGACUGAGUCGAGAAAUGCUGGAUCCAACACUGCCUACACGCAAAACUACACAGAUGAAGUGGAAUACCUAAAUCACAAAGACAUCCUGAUUGGGCACGAGAGAGACGAUGAUAACUCUGAAGAAGGACUCACCACUAUCCAUUCAGGAAGACAUGAGUAUGCAUUCAGCCUCGAGCUUCCACAGACACCUCUGGCUACCUCUUUUGAAGGGAAGCAUGGCAGUGUGCGCUAUUGGGUAAAGGCAGAGCUCCACAGGCCAUGGCUCCUGCCCAUGAAGACCAAGAAGGAAUUUACAGUCUUUGAGCACAUUGACAUCAACACUCCAUUAUUGCUGUCACCACAGGCCGGCACAAAAGACAAAACACUUUGUUGUUGGUUCUGCACCUCAGGUCCUAUUUCCCUAAGUGCCAAAAUCGAAAGGAAGGGAUACACCCCAGGAGAGUCGAUCCAGAUCUUUGCUGAGAUCGAGAACUGCUCGUCCCGCAUGGUGGUGCCAAAGGCGGCCAUCUACCAGACUCAGACCUUCUACGCGAAAGGGAAGAUGAAGGAGGUCAAGCAACUGGUGGCCAACCUGCGGGGAGAGUCUCUGUCCUCGGGCAAGACGGAGACCUGGAGUGGCAAAAUGCUGAAGAUCCCGCCUGUCUCACCUUCCAUCCUGGACUGCAGCAUUAUCAGAGUGGAGUACUCUCUCAUGGUAUACGUGGACAUACCUGGGGCGAUAAACCUGUCCCUCAACCUGCCUCUAGUCAUCGGAACCAUUCCCCUCCACCCAUUUGGCUCCCGUACCUCCAGCGUCAGCAGCCAGUGCAGCAUGAGCUGGCUCGGCAUGGGGCUGCCCGAGAGACCUGAAGCUCCUCCAAGCUAUGCAGAAAUCGUGACUGAAGAGCAAAGGCGGAGCAGCCUGGAAGUCCCAGCUGCACGUGAGGAGCUGGAUGGACCUCUCUUUGCCUACAUCCAUGAGUUCCGUUUCCAGCCGCCUCCUCUGUACUCUGAGAUUGAUCCCAACCCAGAUCACGCCAGCCGUACGGAGGAGCGCCGGCUCGACGCCUGUCCAUCACGCUGAGGGGAUCCCUGAACCUUCCCCGUCUGUCUUGGGGGGGAACUCAAAGAAACCUGCUUGCAAGGCUCGGCUCUGAUUAUUUUUGUUCCUCAGAUGACGGCAUUUCCCACAAUGCUGUCGACAUUGAGAGGAAAAACAAAAUAUCCAACCAACAAAAAAAACUUUAACACAGCUGAGUUGGAUCCUUCCUGCCUUCCCUCAGUGAAAGGAACAGGAGUCGCUAGUUUGGGGCUGUCACUUCCUUCCCGUGUCAGCCCGCCGAGGGCGGGAUGUGUGCAGACGAACACGUAUUCAGCCUGCAAGAAAACAACGCCUCCAGUAGCGAGAGCCCUGGUGAUUGUGAUGGCGAGGGAUGAUCACCAAGGCUCCGCCCGCCAAGCUCCUUCUUCAACCUGGAUUCUUCUCCACUUGUGGCACAUAAGGACACGGCUCCUCACACAAAAGGGCGGGACGUCCUGACUUCAGCAGAAUCUCCUUCAGAAAACCCGGGAUGAGAAGAGUAACACCAGUAAUGUUCUAACCACCGUAGUCUGUAUGAAUGAAAGCUUUCAGCUGCAGCAGUCAACAACAGAGCAAAGACUAGGUCCUCCUGCCUCAUUUGGGAUUUUGUUUUGCACAUUUUGUUCUUUACUUGAGUUGUGUGGCUCUGUUUCAUGAGAACUUUACAGAAUCUCAAAUAUUUUUUGGUUUCAGACUGCAAGUUUAACCUUUGAGACUAUCAUCCGCAUAACUUUGAGCAACAGUGAGACCAUGAUAUGAUUUUUUUUCUUCUUUUUUUUUUGGGAAAAAUGACAAAAAAAAAAAAAAAAGACUGAAAAGUACAAGAACAAUGCACUGAAUUUGUUAAAGAACUUUCAUUUUCUCAUGAUGAUGUUUCAGCGGUGACUAAUAACAACUAGACUGGACAUUUACAACAACUGCAGCACAGUUUCUCCACCUGGAAGAUGUUGCCUCGUAAGCUUGGAUCCAAGUGUGGCUUUCUCCUCUUCAGUUCAGUUUUGUUACCAUUGUAUUUAGCUCCAGGCAGAAUGAAUAGCUUCUUCUUCCUCUUGUUUUUGUAAGUUGUAAGGUUGCACUGGAUUUGGACUAGAAGGGCUGCAGAUCUGCAUUCGCCACUGAUUUAGUAGCUGAAAAGAAGGAAAAAAAAAAGGUGUGUUUGUUUGUGUGUGUGUGUGUGUGUGUGUGUGUGCAGGUGGUACAUUAUGGAGUUACUCACCCCAAACAGACUGCAGCCCCACUACUCCUAAUCUCAGGGCAAGCCAGGCUUGCAGAAUUGCCCAAAAAGCACUGUCUCAGGUGGUCUUCUCACUUGCCAAAUCGUUGGAAAAAAGUGAAAAAGCAUGUUUCUUUUUUUUUUUUUAAUUGCACUGUUAAAAAUUAGUUCUGUUUUGUUGAACUACCAAAAUGAGAGUACAGACCUGCAGAAUUGCAAGGCAGCUUUCUGAGAUGAAUCACAUUCCCUUUUUGUCCUGCUGCACUUGCCCAUUUCAUCCGAUCACCAGUUUAGAUCUUUACCAGACCAGUGAACCCAGAAUGCUAGUUUAAAAAAAAACAAAACAAAAAAAAAACCCAGAGGAAUGACACCGCUUCUGCAUUAAAAGGAGCGAAACUCGGCACUCGUACAAAAGCUGAGGACGUUGCUGAACUUCUGUUCUGCCCGGUCAGAACAAGUAGUAGUAGGUUGAUAUGAGUAAUACAUUGGUUUCCUAACUCAUACACGACAAAAGACCGGCUGUAACAGAAGUUUGGCAUAGUCAGAAAAAGAAGAAAAAAAAAAAAAGCUGCACUUUUUUUUGAUAAGAAAAUAAGUUUAAAAAAAACCAAACAAACUAGCAUUCAAUGGUGAAGGUUUGGAUCAAAAUCAUUUGGUACCAACGAUGUGACAGUAGAGGAUUUUUUUGUUUUCCAAUGAAGCAGUGUUGUGUAGGAUGUAAAUGAAUUAUUCAAUCUUUUUAGUAUCAUUUUCUUGAGUUUACAUUUUGAACCGUAGCUUAACACGAGUUUGUAUGUAUAUCGAGUGUGUGCACGCUCCUAUCGAGAUCCAGCUGGCAACUUAAACACACAGCCUCUGACAGUAAAUCGACAAACUUCAGAUUGUUUGAAAAAAAAAAAAAAAAGUGAUCUUAUCUUAGUGGCCUUGACACAGAGAAGACCUGAUCCUGAUUCUCCACUGUUUUCAGUAUCUACGCUAGCUCUCCUUCUCAUUUAUUAUCUUCGUGAACACCUGUAUGUU